AUGACCGUGAUGGACGCAGAAGAUUCUGCUGAUGAACAACAGUUUAAAGCUAUAGAACCUGCUGCAAAGGCUAAGGAUGAGACUGUUGGCCUAUUGCGCGCGAAGGCGUUGCAACGAAGGCAACGCUUGUUGAAUUUGCGGAAAUGUAAGGACCAACAACGCAAUGAUCUGGAUGAUAACGGCGAUGAUUUACCUAAACCUUUUUUCCGAAAUUAUAAGCCACUUUCCGAGAAUUUGAAAUCUGGGGAAUUGCCUCCUGCGGAGUCCAUUGAUUUGACGCCUUACGUUGCUUCGCAAUUGGAGGCUGCAAACACUCCCGAUGUCCUGGAGGAGGUGAACCUUGUGAGCCUUGCUCCUCGAAAACCUGAUUGGGACCUCAAGCGGGGUGUAGAAAAGAAACUCCAGAAACUUGAGCGACGAACGCAGCGAGCGAUCGCUGAAAUUAUACGUGAGCGUUUGCACACUACCGACUCGGACUUGGCCACCGCUGUCAGUCAGCAUCCAGUUCCCAUGGAACAAUGA